AUGGCGAACAAUUUUAUUGUGUUGUCUAUCGAUGAAUUUUUAGCCAAAUAUUCACAUUUAAUGCCUACGGAAACACCAUCAUCGACGACACAAUCUCGUAACAUAGCAUUAGCACUCAGUGUUGAACAAUGGGAAUUAUUACGUCGUUUAAGAAAUAGUCAUUUAACAAAAACACAAAUAAUUCAAGCGUAUGAUGAAUUAGAUCGACUCGAUCGAGAACUAGGACAAGUAUUUAAUCAACAAAUAGAACACCAACCACUACAGUCUCAUUCUCAUAAUCAAUCAUCUCAAAAACGUUCUCCUACGAUAUUAAACGUUCAUAAACCCAAUGAUGUUAUUAUUCAAUUACCCAAUGACGAAAAUCACGAUAUAAUAACAACAAAUAACGAUUAUUCGACAACAAAAGAUGUACAAUUAUCUCCAUCAUCACAACCAUUAUCUACAAAUAAACGUUCUCACAACUCGAUUCAUAAUGGUUUAUUGUCAUCAUCGUCAAAAACAUCGUCUACAUCAUCUUCAGCACAACAACAACAACAACAACAACAAAAUGGAAAUUCAAAUAGAACACUAACAACUCCAUCUCAGUCACAAAUAUUAACAACAUCAUCAACGGGAAAUCCACUAGGAUUAUUAUCACAGCAUCGUGGAAAUUACAAUGGUGGUGUUUACUCACGUAAUGUAACAAGUUCAAAUAGUAGUACAUGUAAUGGAACAAAUGGAGAAAUUAUCAAUGAAAAUGUUAACAUUCAAUCACCACAUAUUGCAUUACCAGAUCUAGAAGACGAAGCUCGAGAAUUACAAGAAUUAUUGUCAAAAGGAGAUGUAGCAAUUCAUAAUGAAAUAUCAGUAUUUGUCUAUAGAUAUGAUUUAAAACAAUCUCAAAUAGCGAGGAUGGCCGAUAUUAAACAACUUGAAACAUUGCAUCGUUUUACACACGAUGUUUCUCACAUAGGUACGCAAAAUGUUGCUGAUAUUGUAAAUACGGUGGUAUGUGAACCCUCAGCAAAAGUCAUCAAGCUCGAUACAAAUUCCAGUCUCAUGUCAUUCGAAGCGCCGAAACGAACAAGAUUUACAUUUCGACCAGAACAUUUGGAUAUUUUAGAGAAAGCAUUUAUUGACAAUCCUUAUCCUGAUCCACGUCGUCGUGAAGAAUUAGCACGUGUAUGUAAUGAAGCACGUUCAAAAGCUGAAGGAACAGAAGUACUCAAUGAAAGAGAACGCGUCACAGAACAGAUUGUUACACAUUGGUUUCAAAAUAAACGAAAAAUGACAAAACGAGCUAAUCAAGAUGAACAUCUACCAAUAACAAAUACAGAAGGAAGUAGUUUAACAUCGGUUAACGAUUGUGGCACACUAGAAUAUGAUAAUAAUUCAAAUGAAGAUGAACAUGAUUCCCCUAAUUCGUUGUCACCAUCGAACAUCAAUAAUAAUUCUAGUGGUACUAAUACAGCUAACAAAUCCAAACUAGACGUUUCGUUGAGUGAAACGAAUAAUGAUGAAUGCUUAGAUCCCACUCAACUUGCUGCCUAUCGUGCAAUUAUGAGUCGAAUGUCGUUCUUGGAUCCAAUCAAAACCACAUCAUCAUCAUCGUAUAUUAAACAAGAACCAUAUGAAAAUCCAAAUUCUUCGGCAACAUCACGUGAUUCUAAAUCUCCAACAUCAGAUGAUCAACUAACAUCGAGUCCAUAA